UUUCAAGUUCUCAGCUACUUCUGUGGGGUUUUCUUCUGUUUCAAGAUACGAAAGACCCAAACUUCAGAAGCUUUACAUAAAGUUCAAAUAUAUAAUAAAAAAACUGUUUCCCUUACACUGUCUUCAUCUGAAUCGGCAGUCCGCAGUUGUGAAAGCCAAAAAUGAAAUUCGGAAAGGAAUUUGCGUCACAGAUGGUGCCGGAAUGUCAAGAAGCGUACAUGGAUUAUGAUUACUUGAAGACACUCUUAAAAGAACUCCAGCGUUUCAAACAUAGGACCAAGCUGCAGGCCACCCCAGCCGGCGGCCUCAAACGAAAGCUUACACUUUAUAGAGCUUUUAGCGGCCUAACACAGCGACACCACCAACACAACCCAACCAGUUCAUCCACCUCACCCGACCUUGAAAGUCAACCCAUUUUGGUGAGUUCCGUCGAUCGGAACGGCACCCAGAGUUACGAAACGACGUUCCUUAUGUCGUCCGACGAGGGUGGAGAGUAUGAGCUGGUGUUCUUUAGAAGGCUUGACGAUGAGUUCAAUAAAGUGGACAGGUUUUAUAAGGCUAAAGUGCAGGAAGUGAUGAAAGAGGCGGAUGUUUUGAACAAGCAAAUGGAUGCUUUGAUUGCUUUUAGGAUCAAAGUUGAGAAUCCCCCUGGGAUUCAUUUUGAUCGGUCAGUCGAGAUGACUCGUCUUGCUUCGGAUAUAGCAGCUUCUGCUGCUUCAUUGUCUGUUCCGACUACUCCAUCGGGGAGUAGAGAGGCGGGCAAAAAAGCUGCUCACUUGGAAGCCAUUGAAGAAAGCACUCACGGACAAGCUGAUGAUGAUAACAAUGGAGAUAAAGAGAUAGAAGCAGGUCCGAUUCAAGAACCCGAACCGUCGAAACCCAAAUUGAAAGGAGUCAAACCGGCACCACUUGAAGUACUAGAUCGGGUUAAAAUGAACAAUACACUCGAUACUCCUCGUUCCACCAUUAAAGGUGUCCUUCAGGUUCCAAACCAGACGGAGUUGAGUUUUAGCAGGGAAAAUCUAAGAAAGGUUGAAGAAAAACUAAAGGUGGCUUUCGUUGAAUUUUACCAAAAACUUCGCUUGCUUAAAAGUUACAGCUUUUUGAAUACGUUGGCUUUCUCCAAAAUCAUGAAGAAGUAUGAUAAGAUAACUUCCAGAAGUGCAUCAAAAUCAUACAUGAAAAUGGUGGAUAAUUCUUACCUUGGUACUUCAGAUGAGGUUACAAAGCUGAUGGAGAGGGUUGAAGCCACGUUCGUCAAGCAUUUCUCUAAUACAAAUCGUACCAAGGGCAUGAACUUCCUAAGACCAAAAGUCAAAAGAGAAAGGCAUAGGACAACCUUUUUAACUGGUUUUUUCGGUGGGUGCAUGGCCUCUCUUCUUUUAGGCCUUAUUCUGGUCAUUCGUCUCCGUAAAAUCAUGAAUAGCGAGGGUAGGAUUCAAUAUAUGGAUACCAUGUUUCCUCUGUAUAGUUUGUUCGGAUUCAUUGUUCUACACAUGGUAAUGUAUGCAAUUAAUAUAUUCUACUGGAGACGGUACAGAGUGAAUUACGCCUUCAUAUUUGGUUUUAAGCCGGGAACCGAAUUGGACUAUCGACAAGUUCUGCUUCUCAGCUUCGGCCUUGGAACAUUGGCAUUAGCCACUAUCCUCUCCAACCUUGACAUGCAGAUGGAUUCCAAAACAAAAGACUACAAAACCUUCUCCGAACUUCUUCCUUUACUCUUGGUCCUGUUUAUAUUCAUCAUCCUAUUCUUCCCAUUCAACAUUCUGUAUCGAUCGAGUCGAUUCUUCCUCCUCACAUGCUUGUUUCAUUGUAUAAGCGCUCCUCUGUACAAGGUCACACUCCCAGAUUUCUUCUUAGCUGAUCAAUUCACUAGCCAGGUACAAGCCAUUAGGAGCUUGGAGUUUUACGUUUGCUAUUAUAUCUGGGGAGAUUUUAAACACAGGAAGCACACUUGCAAAAAGAGUGAAGUGUACCAAACUUUCUACUUCAUCGUGGCAGUGCUUCCGUACAUGGCUCGCCUCCUCCAGUGCUUGCGUCGCCUGUUCGAAGAGAGAGAUCCGAUCCAAGGAUACAAUGGACUCAAAUAUUUCCUCACCAUUGUAGCUGUUUGUUUGAGAACAGCUUACAAAGUUAAUGCGGGAAUUGGAUGGAGAGUGAUAGUUGGGAUUGUGUCGGCCAUUGCAGCAAUAUUCUGUACGUAUUGGGACUUCGUUCAUGACUGGGGGCUCCUGAACCCACGUUCCAAGAACCCUUGGUUGAGAGACAAACUCCUUGUUCCUCACAAAAAUAUAUAUUUUGUAGCCAUGGGUUUGAAUGUUGCGCUGAGAUUUGCCUGGCUCCAAACUGUGUUGAAUUUCAAUUUUGAUUUGCAUCGAGAAACCUUGGCUACACUUGUCGCUUCUCUUGAGAUCAUUCGUCGUGGCGUGUGGAAUUUCUUCAGGUUGGAAAAUGAGCAUUUAAACAAUGUUGGAAAGUAUCGAGCGUUCAAGUCUGUACCGUUGCCGUUCAAUUACGACGAGGACGAGGACGAUGACAAAGAUGAAUGAAUUCUUUUGUUCACAAUCUGCAGAAGAAGUAAGAUACCUGCCAGCAGCCAUAAAUGCUUCGGCGUUCAUCUGAUAUUCAUUAAGCGAAAACCGUGUGAAGGCAAGCGAGUCGGAUGAUUUGACACAGAUUGCUGAACAUGGGAUGUGUUAGACGAUCAAGGAAUAGUUUGGCGAAAUCCAUAGCUAACGUGGAUAAAUUAUAUACUUGU